CUCCCUGUUGCUUUCAGUCUUUCUCUCUCUCUCUGUCCCACCAGUACAGCCUGGGACAUUGUAGGAAGGCUUGGUUGAGGCAGAUCAACUGGCUGAAGUGGAGACACUUUCUCCAGUGUCAGCACAGCCCGUUCCCCACGUUUUCUAGGCUCCGUGGACCAAGACGCGUUCAAAAAUUUGCCAAGGUUUGUGCUCUGCACCAGGUUUUAUCAUCUGCAGAGGAAGAUUCUAAAUAAGAGCGGACAAUGGAUUAUUCUACUGUGGGGAGUGAAGACCCUGCCCCCCAGUAUUUCGAACAUCCCCAUUUGCAAGCAAAUGAUGACGCAGACCUAUUCUUUCCUGCAUCAGAGGGUGUUGAUGCUGGGGCCAUGCCCACCUACUUCUCUCGUAUGUCUGAAUCCUACAGACACUCUCCAGUGCGGCAGUUGUAUCCCAUCCUCAAUGGUUUGCAGUGGCUGGAUGGGCACCCUUACAACACAGCAGCUUGGGCCUCCAGUUCUUCUGGAAAGCCCCACGCUGGACUCCCAAUCUACACCUCUGCCACAUCCUCCUAUCAGACCCUCCAAGCGCCUCCCUCGCCCAAGGACCUCAGCCCUGAUGACAAGGAGAGCCCCAGAUACCUGGAGAUGUUGAAGACGGAGCGGAUGAGCCCCACUCAUGCCGAACUGCUGCCUUUGGGAACCCCGACCGGAGCAGCUUACACAAUGGGGCAGGACUUUGGAUACUUCCAGCCGUCUGGGAGUCCUUUGACAGCUGGGUAUUCCUCUAAACUACGGGGGACAACACAGCUCUCCCCUACUGAGGCGCGAGAGUGCGUGAACUGUGGAGCCACAGCCACGCCACUGUGGCGAAGGGACGGCACUGGUCACUACCUCUGCAAUGCCUGUGGGCUCUACCACAAGAUGAAUGGGCAGAACAGGCCUCUCAUCCGGCCAAAGAAACGUCUGAUCGUCAGCAAGCGAGCUGGCACCCAGUGCAGUAACUGCCAAACGACAACCACCACCCUCUGGCGCCGAAAUGUGAACGGAGAACCAGUAUGCAAUGCCUGCGGUCUCUAUUUCAAGCUGCACAAUGUGAAUCGUCCCUUGGCAAUGCGCAAAGAUGGGAUCCAGACCCGGAACCGCAAGGUCUCUUCAGCCAAGUCCAAAAAGCGCAAGGGGAAUUCCGGAGACGCUGCCAUGUCCACCCCAACCCCCUUGGAGAUGAUGCCACCGCCUCUGAUGGGGGAAGAAGCAGCUGCCCUCUAUACUCUCAGCCCUAUGAUGUUGCCAGGACAUUUGCUCCCUUUUGGACCCAAUCCACACCUGCUAGGCUCUCCACCAGGCUUUCCUCCACAGGCUUCUCCUGCCCCACAUGGCUCCCCUGGGGUUGUCUCUGCAUUGGGGUAAAGAGCCCUACAACCACACAACAACCCACAGCAUUCAUGUACAGUGACUCUGGGACCAAUAAGCAAGGAGUGCACAUCUCUCUUGAUAAUUUUUUGGAGCACGUGUAUUAACUGUUUGCAGCAUGGGCCCCUUGGAAGAACAGGUGAAAAGAAUAACAACGGGAGGGUGCUCUGAUCCCGCAGCUCGUCAGUAGAGAAGACAUAUAUCAUGGGGUAGUUCCCCCCAAGCAGCGGACGAGGGGGUGAUAAAGUAGUCAAGCUCUUUUGCAGGCUGACUGUGCCGCUUCAUACUGCAAGUGAGAAAUGCUGGGGCUGAGGCUGAAUGCUUCCCCAUCGGGGAGCAGGUGAUGGGAACAUGUGCUGUCCAUGCAAGGGAACACAGGAUGCUGUCUCACCCCGAGUCAGACCACUGGCCCAUUUAGCAUUUGCUACACUGACUGGCAGCAACUCGCAAGGAUUCCGGCCAGACGUCUUUUCUGGUCAUUCUGGAGGUGCCGGGGGUUGAACCCCGCAUGCAAGGUAUUUGUGUUACAUUCGGGCUAUGAAGAAACAACGGAAGGACAACUCUUCUCUCUGACAUCCACUGUUUCCUAUGCAUGAAAGAAGAUUCUUGUGCAGUCUCUCCACCUACUAAGCCAUAGACGGAAGCGAGCUACUGAUCCCUCCUCCGCCCAGCUUUCUCCACCCCAUCUGUAAAGAGCUGCUGUCCAAUUAUCUCCAACCACAUUCCCUUCCUUGCCUAUUUGGCUGAGCAUGCCCAGCUCAUUUGCGUACCUUACAUACUCCAGGAGUAUCUGCACCUGCUUUUCUGCCCUCCCAGCUAUGUUCCCCCUGUGGAAUAAUUCGGGUGAGGGCUCUGCGUGUGGCUGGAUGCUUCCCCUGCAGCCUGGAUUGCAUGAAAACAACAAGUUCAUAAUGAGCACCUGUUCUCUGCACCUCCACCACUGCCAGACUGGUGAACUGGCCCAUCAUAAGCAAAGCACAUACUUUUGAACAGUGCCUCCCUUCUCGUCUUAGGGAAGCACGUGUACAAAUGCAAAAAGAAAUCUAGUUUUAUGCUUGUGGGGAAUAGUGCUUCCGCUCAUCCUAUUUGUCAUGUAUAUGGUAAACUGACCCUGCCUUUUUAAGUCAGUCACCCCAUCCUGAAUCCUCCUUAUGUUCCUGUACAGUGGAACCUCGGUUUAUGAACACCUCGGUUUACGAAUUUUCAGUUUACGAACGCCGCGGACCCAUCUGGAACGGAUUAAUUCACUUUUCAUUACUUUCAAUGGGAAAGCUCGCUUCAGUUUAUGAACGCUUCAGUUUAUGAACAGACUUCCAGAACCAAUUACACCAGGCAUCCCCAAACUUUGGCCCUCCAGAUGUUUUGGACUACAAUUCCCAUCUUCCCCGACCACUGGUCCUGUUAGCUAGGGAUCAUGGGAGUUGUAGGCCAAAACAUCUGGAGGGCCGCAGUUUGGGGAUGCCUGAAUUACACCCAUGCUUCUGGUUAAGUACGCUUCAGGUUGAGUACUCCGUGGAUCCAUCUGGAACGGAUUAAUCCACUUUCCAUUACUUUCAAUGGGAAAGCUCGCUUCAGUUUAUGAACGCUUCAGUUUAUGAACAGACUUCCGGAACCAAUUGUGUUCAUAAACCGAGGUACCACUGUAUACCUGCCUACAAUGCAAGUGGCAAUCCUAACAGUCACCCCCACCCCCAUUAUGUAUCUCAGCUGUCCCGUCCCGUCCCCGGCAAGCCAAGACACUGGCAAAAGUGUGGCUAUCAGUGUGGCUAUCAGUAGAGAUUUAGGGAAAAAGUUGUUCCAUGUACAUCUCAGCUGCUCGCUACUGCUUGCCUAUUGUGGGACACGUGAGUUUUGUUUUGGGACUCCUUUGCCUUGGGGAAUGCUGCACUCGGGCACGCCACUUCCAUCUGCAGUGUUGUUCAAUCCAGGAAAAAAAACCUUUCCACUUGUUUCUGCUGACUGUCUAAACCGACCCGUUAAAAAUUAGUUGCUGAGCAGGGCAAUUUGUACAUGUUUGGUACCGGAGUGAACCGACUUUUGUCCUGCACGAUCUACUGAAAAACGGGGGGACAUCCAUCAUUGUCUUUCAAUUUACAAAGCAAAGCACACUCAUGAUCUCUUUAACAGUUAAGGCACAACUAAUCUGCUUUAUUAUAUAUUCCAUUUGUAACCUGGAAUUAAGUCACCUCUGCCUGCCAUUGGCUCUGGCUUCACCUCCUGUUGGCCUCUCUGCCUUGUGCCCUACCAUCCUCAGUGAGCAUCAGACCAGAGCCCACCUGGCCUAUCAUUAUUUUGAAAGGAUUUCAACUAUUGAAUUUAUUGAAUAAUUUAUUACGGUCAAAGGCCAGCUUUUGAAAACACAUUUGGGAGAACAACCCCGAAGUACAAAACAUAUAUAAAAAACUUUAUACAACAAUAAAAUUAAUAUUGGAUUUCAACUAUAAGCAGAUGCUUAUAGUUGGACAGCUGGGUGUGGACUAGGGAUUCUGUGGCCCUCCAGAUUUUGUUGGACUCCCAACUCCCACUGGCACUGCCCAGCAUAGCCAAUCAUCAGGGAUUAUGGGAGUUGGAGUCAGGGUGGGGUGGGGCACAUGUUCCCUAUCCCUGCACUAGGCAGGCCACCUGAAGCCAUCUGGUGAUCUACAACUGGACGACCUUCCACCGACUCCUGUUCCAUCCUGGUAUCUCACCAUUCACCCAUCUUCUAAUGCAUGUAAGGAAUUAACUUAUCCGCACCUCAAAAUCCAUCCUGAAAUGCACUGGCCCAAAUCCGCUUCCCAGUACAUCUCCUAAUCCUCUCUUUCCAUGGGUAUAUUCAUUCCCAUCUCUAAAGCAUCGCAAUAGGAGACAAAAAAGAGGAGGAGAUACGUGCUGACCUUGAGCAGAGAUAACGCACCAUGUUGACUCUUCACUGGCUUUGUAAAUUUGCCACUGAGCUUCCAUUGAUGCCCUGCUCUUUGGGGGUUUAAAUUUGUUUCAAAGCUGCAGAGGGGAAAAUAUAUAUACUAAUUUGUGUUAACAACAGGGGUGUGUGAGUGAGUUUUGUCUUUGGCAAGUUCCAGCUAUGGCAUGGCUUGGGCUGCCUGGGAGGAGCUUCCACAGUGGAAUGCCGGCUUUUUCAAGUGCCUUCACUAAUUUUUGUGCAAAGUUAAAUGGAUCAUGAAGACACAUGAUUCCUGUAAAAAGGAGUGGGGAGGGGAGAGACAUGUUCAGCUACAACAGACCUGCACAGCCUGCGGCUCUCUUGACUAAACACAGUCCAUCAAGGAACAUAGUUUAUGUUGCAUACCUGCCCUUCACACAAUCUGGACAGCUAACAAAAAUACAAAACACCAUAAUUGCAAUAAAGCAAUCUUAAAACCAACAAGGAAGAAAACCACACAAGUUAAAUGUGAGUUGUAGACAUUCAAAGUCUGAGUGCAGUAAAACCUUUAAAACUAAGGGCCCUCCUGAUGCCCCUUUUAUUGAGCAUCCAUAAUUAUUUGUAGUCAUGGUGCUGUUGGGGCAGUCAUAAAUGAUCCCUCUUUCAACCUAUAAAGGUUUUGGGGUGGUUAGACUGCUUCAUUUCCAAUCAGUGCAUAUCUUGUAACUUCCUGCUGAAAUUUCUCAUACUACAAACAUGGGGGCGGGUGGUGUUGUCCCACUUUUGUUGUGCUACUGUCUGUCUGGACAGUGAUCCUGUGGUAGCACUGGGGAAGCAUUCUAGAACAUCUAAUGAAGCAGAAUAAAUCCAUACUAAUGCAAUAUUAUUGUAUCGAUAACGUUUUGCAGAAUGCCGUCACAAUGGAGGGGGGAGGUUAAUGAGAUAUACAGGUAACAAAAGGAUGGGUCUGCACAAAUGCAGUUCUGUGUACUUAAGCUCUUUUUCGGUUCAAGGUAAAGAUUAAUGAAGCAGGUGGAUUUUGAGAGGGAUGAAGACCAGCAAGGAGGGGAAAAUGGGCAGAAGUGUUUAUGAGACAAGACUUGUAGGUAGCAGGUUGUGGUGGAAAUACUCUCCAGGGGUGUGGCUAGCCUGUGGUUUGACUGCAACUCCCAUUACCAACUCACCACUGGCUGGGAGGGAGUGAUGGGUCUGUUGGAAACACCAGGUGGAGAAAAGCAGGUUAGCCACCCCUGCUCUAUGCAACUCUGCUUCUUGAAGAAGAAAAAGAGCACCAUCUCCCCAGCUGGGACACAGCAACCAUCUCCAGGGACCCCGAUUCUUAGCACUCUCUCAUCUCAUCCCACACACAACACGAUUCCUUUGCCAGAGCUGUUAGGGGACUCCCGGAGAAUCUGUCCAAGGACAGCCUUGGCUCUUGCUCUCCCUUGAAGUGCUGGUGGUGGAGGCUGCCUAUCUCCCAACAUCUCUCCCACCCCUUUUCCCACAUCCUUCAGUAGAGCCAUCAAAGGAGUCAGUGGCGACUUUAUCUGCUCCAUCAAGUCACAGUCUCUGGAGGUCUGCAGAAUGAGAUCAUCGCUCCCCACGCAGUCCCCUCCUCUGCAGAUAAGGGGCUGGCAUGAGUGCUGGGAACAAGGUUGCAGAAGGCAGGAAGAGGAGGAUUGGCUGCAGUGCCUCCCUCUCUCCUGGGCUCUGGCCCAAACAUGGGUUUCAUUCCAUACCAGCAGCGGGUAGCACAGGCUGACCUACUGAGACAGACCCUUCUGGGGCUAAUAAGGAAGAAAAGCACGUUGCUGCUGCUGGGUGGGUCAGUAGGUUUCUCGAUCAAAGACAGAUGAUCUCUCUGUGUCAUAUGUUCUGAAAAUGCAGGACUCACUUCACUGCUUUCUGCCACAGGCGCCUUGCAAGGACAUGGGCAACUUAUAUACAGGCUGAACUGUGGAUAAGUGAGAGUCUAGAGAAAAUCCAGGUUUUGGAUUUACCAAAACCAAAGAAGCCAACAUCCUGGGACCAUGAUGAGGAGACUUAGGGUAUACUUUGCAUACAGUGCACACCACCUGCUAGCUUCUGAAGCCACAUUCACACCACAAUCCAUAUUGAGCUCAUAGCUUCUUGGCAAAUACUGGUUUGAUGCAUUCGCUACCUUUGAUCUGACAAUAAAAGCUGGAUGUGGAGUAUUAAUGGGAAAAUACCCUAACAUCAAUUGUGCAUGUGCAGAUGAGCGCAGGUGGCAGGUGUCUGGAGGGACACGGAAAUCACAAAGUUCAUGCACAUAAAGUUAAGACAUCCUUGCCUCCUCUCUGAUGUGAACAACACUGUGCAAAUGAGGCCUGAACAGCAGCCGGGGGUGGUGGAGGAAUGGCCUUGCUGCUGUGUGUUUUUCACUUCUCUCUCUGUUGUUGGAAGGGCUGCAAAUGCACCAGAUCUUAUCCCAUGAAAAUAGGCAGAAUAUACACUGUGCAAUAUGCAUAUCAGCCUAAUGCAUGUGUACUCAGUAGGCUGUCAAUGGGGGAUUUGUUGUUGUUGUUUAGUCGUUUAGUCAUGUCCGACUCUUCGUGACCCCAUGGACCAGAGCACGCCAGGCACUCCUGUCUUCCACUGCCUCCCGCAGUUUGGUCAGACUCAUGUUCAUAGCUUUGAGAAAACUGUCCAACCAUCUCAUCUUCUGUCGUCCCCUUCUCCUUGUGCCCUCCAUCUUUCCCAACAUCAGGGACAGGUCUUUUCCAGGGAGUCUUCUCUUCUCAUGAGGUGGCCAAAGUCUUGGAGCCUCAGCUUCAGGAUCUGUCCUUCCAGUGAGCACUGAGGGCUGAUUUCCUUCAGAAUGGAUAGGUUUGAUCUUCUUGCAGUCCAUGGGACUCUCAAGAGUCUCCUCCAGCACCAUAAUUCAAAAGUAUCAAUUCUUCGAUGAUCAGCUUUCUUUACGGUCUAGCUCUCACUUCCAUACAUCACUACUGGGAAAACCAUAGCUUUAAAUAUGUGGACCUUUGUAGGCAAGGUGAUGUCUUUGCUAUUUAAGAUGCUGUCUACGUUUGUCAUUGCUUUUCUCCCAAGAAGCAGGUGUCUUUUAAUUUCG